CGCUAGCCAAACUACAGCGUCGAGAGAAAAUAAAAUAUGGCGAAAAAAUCUGCUGGCGGUCCAAACGCGGUAGCUCCGUAUUAAUGGUAAAGUUUAUCUGACAAAAAGUGAUUGUGAGUGUAUUUAACGUGUCGCCAGCGGUAGAGUAAACCGCAAGCUACAGAAAACGUCCGUCCAUCCGUUCGUUGUCCGUCGCGAAAAUGGAGCCACCGACGGCAGAAGCGGUGCUGCAAGGCGUUUUCACCCUGUACAACGAUCCGAACAAUGUGGAAAAGGAGAAAGCCUCCAAGUGGUUGGAAGAAUUCCAGAAAUCGAUUCAUUCCUGGAAGAUAGCGGAUGAGCUGCUGCGGCAAAAACAUGAUCUUAAUUCCUGCACAUUUGCGGCGCAGACGAUGCGUAACAAGAUACAGAACAGCUUUCACGAGUUGCCAGAAUCGGCCCACGAAUCCCUGCGGCAGUCCCUGCUGGAGCAUCUCAGCCACAUAACGAUCGAGACGAAAUCGGUCAUCGUGACGCAGCUGUCGCUGGCGCUGGCCGAUCUGGCACUGCUCAUGUCUUCCUGGCAGAAGCCGGUCGCCACGCUACUGCAGCGCUUCUCCAGCAACGCGAACAUGAUGUACGCACUGAUCGAGCUGCUGACGCUGAUCCCGGAGGAGGUGAAUUCGCGCCACCUGCGACUCGGCGCGAACAGGCGGAAAGAGAUACUGAUCGACCUGGAGGCCGACUCGACGCUGGUCAGCGAAUAUUUAACCGUCUGUCUCGUGAACGGCAACGAGAACGAGCUGCUCCGCUCGAAGAUACUGAAGUGUUUUACCUCCUGGGUGCAGAUCAACGCAUUUAAGCUGCCCGAAAUCAGCGACAGCAUGAUCAUCGUGUACUGCUUCCAGCUGCUUAGCAGCGGCACCACCAGCCCGGAUCUCCACGAGGCCGCCACCGACAGUCUCUGCUCGCUGCUGCACUGCAUGGAGCUGAACAACUCGCGCGGCGGGCUGGACGAGAAGCUGUUCGGCGGCAUCAUGUGCCUGGAGGAGGCGUACAACAUGUCGGUCGCGCAAGAAGAUCUGGACAAGUCGAUGAAUCUGUGCCGGCUGUUCACGGUGCUGGUGGAGAGCAAUCUGACGCGGAUGGUGGCCUUAUCGGACGACGAGGCGCCCCACUACUCGGUCAAGUCGCUCGAUCUGGUGCUGAACUGCGUCGGCCACUACGAUUACGAGGUGGCCGAAAUUACGUUCAACAUGUGGUACCGGCUGAGCGAGGAUCUGUACCAGCGGAACAACUAUCAGCUUACGGCGCACUUCAAGCCGUACGUGGAGCGUCUAAUCGCGGCCCUGUACAAACACUCGCAGCUCGACCCGGACCAUGAUGGGCUGGUAGAGGAGGGCGGAUCUUUCAAGGAUUUCCGAUCGAAGGUUUCAGAAAUAAUUAAGGACGUCAUAUUUAUCGUCAGCUCGAUCAGCUGUUUCAAGCAGAUGUUCGUCGUACUGCAGUCCCCGAACGUGUCGUGGGAGUCGAGCGAAGCGGCACUGUUCAUCAUGCAAAACGUGGCGCGCAACAUUCUGCCUGAGGAGAGCGAGGUCGUGCCGAAGGUGGUCGAGGCGAUACUGAACCUGCCGGAAAACUGCCACAUCGCGAUCCGCUACACAUCGAUCAGCAUUCUGGGCGAGCUGUGCGACUGGAUCGACUCGAACCCGGAAACGCUCCAGCCGGUGCUGAACUUCCUGCUGUUCGCGCUGCAGCAGAAGAACGGGCUGGCAUCGGCGGCCGCCAACUCGCUGCAGCUGAUCUGCUCCACGUGCAAGAAGCAUAUGGUCGGCCACAUUAGCGGACUGAUGGAGAUAGCGCGCUGCCUGGACAGCUUCGACAUCCAGUCGGAGUCGGCGAUCGGGCUGCUGAAGGGCAUCUCCAUCAUCAUAGGGCGUCUGCCGCCGGCCCAGCUUACGCCCGCCAUGCAGGAGCUGUGCAGCUUCCAGGUGGAGGCGCUCAGCCGCCUCGCGAACGGCGACGACGACGGGCUGGACGGGAAGAAGAGCCGCUCCGAUCCGGCCUUCUGGCUGGACCGGUUAGCCUCCAUCUACCGGCACGUCAGCCCGACCGUGCGCAACAACGAGGUGAACCCGUGCGCGUUCGUCAUCGUCAACAACUGGAACGUGUUGUCGCGCGCGCUCGAGCGGUACAAGAACGAUUCGAAGAUCAUGGAACGCAUCGUGCGCUGCAUCCGGUACGCCAUACGGUGUAUUGGGAAGCAGGCGAUGCCGAUACUGGAACCGCUGGUGAAGCAGAUCAUCACCAUCUACUCCGGCCACAAUCACAGCUGCCUGCUGUACCUGGGCAGCAUACUGGUGGAUGAGUUCGCGUACGAGGAGGGCUGCACCCAGGGCCUGCUCAACAUGCUGCAGGCGUUCAUCGAGCCAACGUUCGGCGUGCUGCAGAUGGAGAACGGGCUCAAGAACCACCCGGACAUGGUGGACGAUUUCUUCCGCCUGGCGACGCGCUUCAUACAGCGCGCUCCGCUCCAGUUCCUGCAGUCCCCGCUCGUGACACCGAUCAUACAGUGCGGGCUGUUGGCGUGCACGCUCGAUCACCGCGAGGCCAACAUAUCUGUGAUGCGGUUCUUCUGCAGCCUGCUGCGCCACGAUCGGGCGAACGAUCUGGAACCGAUGGUGCAGUCGAUACUGGCAUCGCACGGCGAAGCGCUCAUCAUGAAUCUGCUGUACGCGUCCGUCUUCUGCCUGCACUCGAACAUGCUGUCGGACGUGGCGGAGGUAUUUGUCGAAAUUAAGCAGCACAGCCCGCACCAGCUGGAGGCACGUAAAAAGGCGGUCGACUCGCUGCCGAAGAAGAACAGCGGUGGCUCCGUAACGGUAACGCACGAGCAGAUGGUGCAAUUCGUAACCAACGUGGUCAACUCCCAGACGGCGAGAGCCACGACGCAAGCACUGCAAGACUUUGCGCGGUUAUAUCGAUAGACAACGGAGAAGGCGGCGAAACAGUUGUCUGGCAGUUAGCUCUAAUUGAUACGUGUAACUGACUACAGUUUGUUAUUAGUGACGAAGUGCGAAAAACACACCCUGUACAUACAUUAACUCCCCAUUCAAACGGUAGUGCGUUCGUGACGUAUAGGAUUUCCGGCUCGAACGGAAGAACACAGUUUUUAAGUGAUCGCGAUGGAAGAAACGAACACUUACACGAGAAGAAGAAGGAUAAAAAGAAGAAGGAAGAGGAAGACACAAGGAUGUGUAGCCGGGGCCCGUCUCCGGUCGUCGCGUCGGCAGCGGUUUGUUGCGUGCAAAGUUAGGCGUUUCGCUGUAUGUACAGACAACAUAUGGCCGCGAAAAUUUAAAUGUGUGCGAUAAUCGCACGAAAGAUAUUAAUUAAAAGCAUAUUUGAAAUAAUUAACGAAUUCAAUUGUAAUAUCGCAAUUGCCCUCCCCCAACUCCCUGUUGUGUACGCAAAUCGUGAAGCGAACAUAAAUAACGAUGAACCAAGAGAAA